CAAUUGUUAAAUAUUUUGGUCAAUUAUUGUUAUUUACCUUGUCAAAUUGUAAAACUUUAUUUGAUGUGUAUAAUAAAAUGAGUCUGUAAUGCAUGAGCUGUUUGCACAAGUCCUCACCAAGAAGGAUCUGUCUAAGGCGGGAGAGUUAUUCUCCCUUGACGACAGUGACAUCAAGAAUGACCUCACACAGGUGCUUGAACGUAUCUGUGAGAUUGCCAAGAGUCCUGAGUAUGCCACAAGUGACAACGAUCAGUCAGUGGUAGAGAUAUGCAUCACUAGGGUCACCUCCGCAAUAAGAGAGACACACAGUAUAGAGGAGAAUGCAGCAGGUCUUGUACAACUCCUGGAAGUGUGCCACACCCACAACCUGCGUCCCUCGGGCAUCAAGGACGCUGACCCUCCACACACCAAAAUUGCCUCCGACAUCAUGAGCUGUCUUUUCAUGCAUUACGGCAAAGAGAAGGUGAUGUCCCUUGCGAUACCUGUCGUGGUGAAGUUCCUUAGCACAGACCAUAAGGAGCUGAGUCACAAUGUAUCCAGUUACCUCUCCCUGGCCGCCAUCGACAAUGCCGACAUGCUUGCCCAGUACAUGGAUCUUAUUGUCAACAGCAUUCUUAAAGGCAAGCACGCUCUUGCGAGAGUGUUGCCACAGAUUUACACGCAGAACCCCGAGCCGGUAACCAGGCGACUUCCGGAACUGGUUGCUGUUUUUGAGCCUUGUGGCGUGUCGGAGCGCGUCAGCCUCUUGCAAGUGUUUGGCAUGAUCGCCAAGUCCAAACCAAAGAUCCUGGAAUUGCACGUGGCGGCGUUCUGUAAGUACCUCUCCGUCAGUACCCUGAUACCACUCAUACUCGCCAUGUUUGUCGACAUGGCCACGGCCAAUCCUGCGGCGUUCAUUGACCACAUGACCGUACUGAAGCAGAUGGUGGACCAGCAGGCGGCGUUCCUACACCAGGUCGUACAGAUUGUUGGGGCUGUGGGCACCGUGUCACAGCCGCAUGCAAUCCGAAGCAUGGCGUAUCUGGUGUUGCUAUUGGCGAAGGUGACUGACCAAUCAGCGCUUGUAGUCAUUCUGCAGGAAAUCAAGGCGUUGGGGCUGCUGCACCAUGAACUUCUGGAAGACAACAUCUCUGAGAUCAGUCGCCUGUCACAGAGUGGGUCCAGCAGCGUGAGGAUCCUGGUCCAUCAGCUGAAGGAGGACCACAAGAAAUAUUCUGGUCAGAGAGAGAUGAGGUCAGUGUCCAGUCAGACAGAGGGCACGGUCACCAUCAUCACCGUCGGCAGCCCGGCGUAUCCUAGCAAUGUUGUGGGCGUCAGGCAACAGCAACCCAAUAGCGCUCGUUCCAGUCAGCAGAGCCUGUCAAAAUCUUCCAGAAAUAGCAUUUCCAACAACUGGUCCCUGACUGACCGACCAGUAAGCCCUGCCUCCACGCUUGACCGGGCAUCGCUAAACAGCGCCCUCACAUUGAACAGCAGCUCUGGACUUCCGCCAGAACCAUUGCGAGAUGGUGUGAAACUGUUCUGUGAAAAGCACAUGGAUACUAUACGAAAAUUCAUCAACAGUCUUUCAGCGAGAAUUCCUCUUCCUGCCAAGUGCAGCAUUGUGGAUGGUCGUCACAAACGCUAUGUUCGUCUGAACUUCCACUGCGGUAUCCACGGCAGCCACUGUCUCUACGGGAAGCAGUUCUUUGUCCUCAACACGAAACUUCCCAAGACCUGGAUCCAUCUCAUGUUUUUAGCUGUUCAGGCGCAGUCUCAGUCGGCGCUGAGCCAGCAGGACCUGAGUGUGAGCAGUCUCAAGGCAUGCUGGGACGCCCUCUACCCCGAGAAGGGCAAUAGGGGUUACCUCACCCUGGUCACGUCAUCUUUCCCCUCAGCCAGGGACCAGGAUGCACUUCUGCAGGAGCUCCACAGCGUGCGCUACUUUGACGUGUUUGAGUUCAAUGCACCGAAGAAAUACUGGGCCUGUUUCAUGUGCAACCAUCCGGAGAAAUUGUCUCAACUAAUGCCCGAUGGGAGCCCUGUAAUAGCAGGACAGCUGAAGGAGAAGAAGGGACGAUGGAAGUUCCUGAAGCGAUGGAAAACGCGCUACUUCACACUGUCUGGUAGCCAGAUCACCUACAGUAAAAGUGAUUCUAGCAAAGAAACAUUGCCAGUUCGUGAGAUUCAAAGUGUGAAAGCUGUCCGAAAAGGCAUCCGUGACAUUCCAAAAGCGUUUGAAAUUUUUACCACCGAUCAGAAUUACGUCUUCAAAGCCAAAGGUCAACAGGACAUUGAGCCUUGGGUGCAGUGUAUUCAUCUCGCCGUUGCCAAGGCGCAGACGGAAGCCGAACAGAAUAUUGUGGAGAACGCCGUCAUACCCCGCCCUCGACCAACUGUGCGCGAUACGAAACUGUGACAUUAAAAAAUGAGUUAUUGGACCGUGCGCGAUAAGAAACUGUGACAUUGUGAAAUGAAUUAAUGAGACAGUGCGCAAUACAAAACUGUGACAACGGGAAAUGAGUUAAUAAGACAGUGCGCGAUAAGAAACUGUGACGUUGUGAAAAAGGUUGUGAAUUUUCUCUACUCUUUGCCUUUCCAUAAAGCCCCUUUCGCUGAAAUAAUUCAUUUGUCCCACAUUUCAUGUUAACUCUGGAAACAUUCUUGCCCCUUCUCGGUUUUGUAGACUUAUUCUUCCUCAAAGGAAUACUAGUCCAUUUAUCAUAAAGGAUAAAAUAGCUGCAGAUGCUAUGAGUUUGUUAAUACAAUAUCAGAUAAGGAUGAAUUGUAUGAUAAAAUUUCCCAUAGCUAUUUAAAAGUAUUACAUAGUUUACUGAACUAAGAAUUGUUAGUAAGUUAUGAAAAAUGAUUUGUAAUGAAUAAAUUGUUACAUAUUAUUAUGGAUGGUUUUAACCCUUUGCAUGCUGGGAAAUUUGUCCUCUGCUGAAAUGUUGUCUGCAGAAUUUGUAAAUUUAGCAUUUUCUUCGAUUUUUUUCAAAGAAUACUAUCAGAAUAGCAAACAGUUUGGAUCCUGAUGAGACGCCACGUUCUGUGGCGUCUCAUCUGGAUCCAAACUGUUUGCAAAGGCCUUUAAAAUUCGGUUCCCGCACUGAAAGGGUUAAAGGUAAGCCACGUUCUGGAAAACUGGCAUUGAUGCAUGUGCAUAAAGUGCUGUCCAAGAUAGUCAGUCUACACAGGGAAAUAUGUACGAAACUUUUCUUUUUUAAGGAAGUCUCAUCUAAACGAAUGUUCAGUCUAGGCGAAAAUUGUCAUCCUUGAUUAGCCUGUGUGACUGCGCAGGCUAUUCUUAAACGACCCUUUAAGCAAAUGCUUUAAACCCAGUUUUACCAAAACGAGGCUUAGAGGAACGUGUUCUAUGUGCCGAAAGAGAUUAAGAUUGGUUCUAAGGAAACGUAGAAAAACAUUGUAUAGCAGCUAUACUAAAGAUUCACAAAGGAACAAACUUAAUUUAAAAUCUUGGGUGUCCACGACAUAUUAAAGCUACACCCAAAACAGAAUUUACAAUCAAUUGUUAAAUAUAAGACAAUGAUGUUUGAUCAAAAUGGCUUGAAUAGUUGUAUAUGCAUUAUUAACCAAACCAAUUUGAAAACGUGUGGUAUAUCAAAGGGUUUUACAUCAUACAGAACUGUUGGAGGAAUGACUUAUGAGAAUCUUAGCAAUAUAUAUAUGUAUUUACUGAUUGUAUCAUUCAGUUUUGAUGAGAUAGUAAUUUACUAUCUAUUGUUUUGACAUAAAGGACACUGGAUUAAAAAUCCAGAAUGCGUAAAUAAUUUGCUGUUCAUGCAAUAAUAUCUCAUAGAAUGAUAGUCUGUGAAAUAAAAUAUUUUAUGUUGACGGUAUAUAUAACUGUGAUAUAUGAAAAACACCACCUGGAAGGUUUAUUCUGUAAAUAAAAAACAAAGGUGUCUCAGUGGAAAUAGUUUUCAUGCUAUAAUAUGUUAAGGUUAGUAAGCAUUGAAUUAAUUCGUAAUAUGGUUUCAUUUUUAUUGAUCAUUUUAUAGGAUUUUUUUAUUAAUUAGUCUAUCUAUGUUACUGCACACUCAGCGAAACCUGAAAUUGAGUCAAAUCAAACAUUCGGGCAUUGUCCAACACAUUUUCUGUCACAAAUUUUGAAACAUUUACAUGGAACAAUCAUGGACUGUGUUUGAAAGAUGUCCAUAUGUCUGACAUGAUUACAAACUAAUCAGGCCAUGUGUUUGACAUGUUCUAAUGCUAAUAUUUUUUUCUAUCAAAAUUUAUAUUUUAGACUCAUUCUGGAAAAUAAUGCUUUAUGCAUGUGCGUAAAGUGUCGUCCCAGAUUAGCCUGUGCAAUUUACACAUGCUUAUCAGGGAUGACUUUUUCCAUCCAGGCUGUUUUUUGUUUAGAGGAGACUUCCUUGGAAUGAAACAUUCCAUAAAAGUGUUAAGUGCCGUCUCUGAUAAGCCUGAGCAGACUGCACAGGCUAAUCUGGAAUGACACUUAAAGCACAUAAAUUAAGCACUGUUUCUUCAGAGCAUGGUUCAUUGUGUAUGCCUAUAGAUAAACCUCUGUAUUAUGUAUUGAAUUCCUUAUUAACCCUUUGCAUGCUGGGAGAUUUGUCGUCUGUUAAAAUGUUCUCUGCUAAAUUUCUAAAAUUAGCAUUUUCUCCGAUUUUUUUCAAAGAAUACUAUCAGAAUAGCAAACAGUUUGGAUCCUGAUGAGACGCUACAUUCUGUGGCGUCUCAUCUGGAUCCAAACUAUUUGCACAGGCCUUCAAAAUUCGGUUCCCGCACUGAAAGAGUUAAGUACCACAUCUGAUUUGGUGAAAUGAUUAAAGGUCCAUAACAUAUUUUAAUAAGGCUAAUUAUAAAAGUGUGACGUAAUACUUUAUUUUCAAAUAUCUCUUUUUUGUUGAAUAGACUUUUUCAGAGAAUAGACCAUGUUCAAAUACUCACUGGAUUAUUUAAAUAUCAUUCUAAGACUGUGUUUAGUGACACAUAUAAGAUUUUAUUAGAUUUAAUACAAUAUAAAAUGUGGGCUAAUCUAUUUGCAUUUAAUGACAUUUUUAUGAAAUACAGGAGAAAUUUAGAAAGUUCGUGACCGAUCACUUUAAAUUUGGAGGCUACAGUCUCAGUUAUUUCCACUGAUCUUAAAGUAUUAUUUGAAUUGAUUUUUACACAAGUUGUCAAAGAUGACUAAACUGGUUAUGUGUUUACUACACGUAGUAUCUAGUGUUUGUUCCUUUUUCUGCUCUUAUGAUUUUUAAAAUCACAUUAUGCCCUGAUAUAUGCAUUUAAAAAAAAUCAAAAUACAUGUAGAUAAUGGGGUCAACAGUUUUCUUUCUAUAAUAUUUGUGUCAAAAUUUUACCUUUACACUUAGUAAACUAUAACAUAAAUUAGCAGUUGUCGUAGUAAAUCAACUUUUUGUUUGUUUUUUAAUAGAAUUAUUUUAAUUGAAAAAAUUAACUUUAUUGAAAUUUCUUAGAAGUGUUUUGUUAAUUUCAUAUUGACCUAAUUUUUUUUUUCAAUCCAAUGAAGUUGAUGAUAAUCAUGUUUAUAAAUUUUUCAGCAACUGUAUGAUAUUAAUGUUGUUUUAUUUUCUAAGAUAAAUGUGAAUAUUAUUCUUGUAAAUAUAGAUUUUGUUUACUAUAAUUAUUAUACUGUAUAUUUUGACCACAAAUAAUCAAGCAUCUCACUGCUGUCUAUGUUAAACAUUUUAACUACCAGAUGCUAUUUCAAAUAUAGUCAACACAUGCGUUUCAUAUUUGGAGCCUAAAUCAAAACCUUAUUCAGAAGCUAGAGUUCUAGAUUAAGUAGUAGACAGUUAUUUUAAAAUGUAUGUAGCCUUAUAGCUGUUGUCCCUAGCUUUCAAGUCACAAUUUCUCAUAAAAACAAUUUCGGUAUCAAUUACAUUUGCUUGAUGUCAGUAUGCUAUUUGUAAUAAGCAUUCAAAAUAUUACUAAGCAAAAUAAGCUUUUCAUAUUUAUCAUUCACAUCAUGUUGUAACAUGUUGUAAAACUCCAUAAACAUCGUAUGAAAAAUAAGAUCGAUGUAUUAUUAUUUAUUAUUACUUUUUAUGGAUCUUUGUUUGUCAAUUUCUGUGCAGUACGGACGAAUUGGCAUCAAAAAGAUCUGAAAUAAUUAUAUAUAACAUGUAGGAAAUUUAGUAAAUGGUAAAUAAAAAUGUAAUUUAUAUUAUUAUAUAUUACGAAAGGUGCUUACUCAUUUAACAAAAAAAAAACGUCAUAUUUUCCUAAUGACAAUAUAAAUCAAAUCCUGCAUUUUAUUGAUUUUUGUUUUAUUUAUGUACAUGUAUUGUUUAAUUUUCAGUAGAUGUGCAAUAACAUUAAUGUUGAAGAUAAAAUAUAACUCUCUGGUGUUGGUUCCGUCAUGUUCGUUUCAAUAUGCACUUUUAAAGUUAUCUAAAUUCUAUUUAUGUUGUGUUUUUGUCGCUAACCCCGGUUGAAGUUAAGUACUUGUAGGCAGUAACAGUUUUAUAUUGGAAGAUUGCUAAAUGUGUAUGUGGAUUGAACUUAACAGUUUCAGUUAUCUAAUAGUUUUGGAGAUUUUCUUCUGUGUAAAUGCUAACAUUCCAUGAUAUGUUUCAAAUGCCUUAUUCAAUAACUAGUAUAUAAGUAAAGAUUGAUGCAUCUCAGUAUUUUGUAGAAUCAUAAAUGACUGGUUAUGUAAUAACAUGUUGUCUUUAUGUUUAUGAUUUAUGUAUGCAUAUGCAAUAUUAUUUAAAAUUUUACUAUUCCUGGAAGGUCGAAAUGAAAUAAACAGCAAUUGAAUGGUAGACAAUUUCAAUAAAUAUAUAGAACUGGAUUUUUAUUGUAAAUGAAAUAACUACUAAUUUUGAUAUUAAGUAUACUUGUGUUUCUUUGAUAAACUUAAUACUGUGAAACGUGUAUUUAUGUUAUGCCAAUGCUUUUGUUUUCUUACAAUUAUUUUAUGUUUACAUUUCAAUAAAUCUUUU